GUCAACUAAAGAAAAUAUCUUCUAUUUGAAAUCCUUCCACCUUUUACUUUGUAUACCUCUCCCUCUUUUAAAAUGAAGACUAUGAACAUAAACACUAUUACAUUGAUCAUUACCACUGCUUUUUUGGUUUUAUUUUCAUGUCUUGAAAGAUGCAGUGCCACAAGAGGCCACAGUUGGAGGAAACUCAAAGCUACCUCUUCUACUUUCAAUGUAUUAGAUUUUGGAGCUAAAGGUGAUGGACAUUCUGAUGACACAAAGGCCUUUGAAGAUGCAUGGGCAGCUGCUUGUAAGAUGGAGGCAUCAACAAUGGUUGUUCCAUCCGGUUCUGUUUUUCUAGUAAAACCAAUUUCAUUCUCUGGCCCUAAUUGUGAGCCUAACAUUGUUUUUCAGCUGGAUGGAAAAAUCAUUGCUCCUACAAGUCCUUCAGCUUGGGGCUCAGGUACUUUGCAAUGGCUUGAGUUCACUAAGCUAAACAAGAUUACAAUUAAAGGCAAAGGUGUCAUUGAUGGUCAAGGCUCUGUUUGGUGGAAUGAUAGUGAGAAACUACCAAAAACCAAACCAACGGCACUAAGGUUCUAUGGAAGUGAUGGUGUAAGUGUGAGUGGUAUAACCAUUCAAAACAGUCAACAAACCCAUCUCAAAUUUGAUUCAUGCACAAAUGUUCAAGUCUUUGAUAUAACAACUUCAUCACCUGGUGAUAGUCCUAACACAGAUGGAAUUCACCUACAAAAUUCUCAAGAUGUGGUCAUAUCUGGCAGCACACUUAGUUGUGGGGAUGAUUGUGUGUCUAUACAAACUGGUUGUUCUAACAUAUUGGUGCACAAUGUUAAUUGUGGACCAGGUCAUGGAAUUAGUAUCGGAAGUCUCGGAAAAGAGAACACCAAAGCUUGUGUUUCCAAUGUCACCGUUCGCGAUGUUACUCUCCAGAACACCUUGACUGGGGUGAGAAUCAAAACAUGGCAGGGAGGCUCAGGCUCAGUCCAAAACAUCAUGUUCUCAAACAUUCAAGUUUCUGAUGUAAAAACUCCAAUAAUGAUUGAUCAAUUCUAUUGUGAUGGUGGAAAGUGUCGUAAUGUAACAUCAGCUGUGGCAGUAUCAAGUAUACAUUAUACAAAUGUACAUGGAACUUACACUAAAGAACCUAUUUAUUUUGCAUGUAGUGAUAGCUUACCUUGUAAAGGUAUAACCCUUGAUACAAUAAAGCUUGAAUCAAGCCAAAACUCCAAUGUUCCUUUUUGUUGGAAAGCAUAUGGUGAAUUGAAAACUGAAAUUGUUCCUCCUGUUGAUUGUCUUCAAAGAGGGAAUCCAUCAAGUGGUGGAAUCACUUCUAACAAAGAAAGUUCUUGCUGAAUUUAAUAAUCAUCGACACUUCAGAUUAAAAAUUUGUUUAGGAUCUGACACUUGUGUCAGUGUUUGGCAUCGGCAAAUGUUUUAUAUAUUCAAUUCUUUAUUUUCUUAAAUAGUAUCAGUGUCAAUGUGGUGUUUGGUGUCUAUAUGCUUCAUAGAUAUUAUAUUCAAAGGAUUAUCGUAUAAUAUAUAGGUUAUAUAUAGAAAAUUGUUAUCUUGAUUUCCAAUUCAUUGUGUUGGGGAAAUUAAGAUUAUAGUAUACAUAUAAGAAGUUGUUAUUUUGAUUUCUAAAUUAGUUUAUGUUUAAUGUAAUGUUGGGUGACAGAUUAAGAUUAUAUUAGACUUUAUGAUUUGCAAAUAACAUUUUUAUUUAAAAUUAUGUCGUUUCACAAACAUUUAUCAUAUGCGUUGUACUUACAGGAUACACAAUUUUACCA